AUGACUGACGUCUAUGGGAACUCUGCGCUGACGAUUGUGGCUGCACACGCACGCGAUGGCACGGAAGGUCUGUUCUGCAAUCGCCCUCCGCUGGGCACUAAAGCACCUAUCAUCGACUGUUCAUGGGGGCCUAAUUCGAAACCUGAGCCAUACUGCCUCGUAGAUCACCGUUUAUGGAUCAGUAGCGUUGAGAACAGUCACCUAUCCUCAAGGGCCUGGGCAGUUCAAGAGCGCUUUCUCUCAACAAAACGCCUAUAUUUCACAGAGCAUCAGGUAUUCUAUCGCUGUGCCACCCACGAAGUCUGCGAGUCUUUUUCAGCGGGUGAAACGCCUUCGCAGCUCAUUGAGAAUACGGCUCUACAAUCCGUCGAAAGAAACCUGGAGCCCAGGGAGAAGUGGGUUCGAGCUGCGGAGCAGAGAACCUGCGCGCUGCUUUGGGGGGACGAGUAUCUGGUUGGCCUAUGGAGCGGUAAUCUGGUCCACGAACUGCUGUGGCGAUCAUCUUCAAAUGGUGGUGACCAGUCGAGACCGGAUCCUUGCCUCGCUCCGACUUGGUCGUGGAUUGCAGUCAAAGGAGUUGGCGUGAACAUCAACUCGACAAUUUGCAGCUCAGGAUGUCAUCAUCACAUCAAUAUCAUCCACGCCUCAGUCGACCUUGUUGAUCCUUCGCGGCCAACUGGGGAUAUACACCAAGGCUCAGGGAUCGUUCAAAUUCGCGGUUCUCUCAAACAAGUGUACUGGUCUCCGCGUAAAUACUCCGAUGGAGACUGGCGCAAGUAUCAAAUCACGUUUGAGGACGAACAGAAGGGUGCAUUGACUACUACACACCCGGAUUAUCUCGAGGACUCUUUAACGGAUCGGAGAAUUUUCUUGCUACCAGUACUAUCAACGGAAGAGGGGCAGAGUAUUGAGUGUCUUGUUCUUACACCUGUUAUUGAACAGGCCCGGAUAUACGAGCGCGUUAGACACUAG